GAGUCAACAGCUAUGGAAGUGAAAUCCCCCGUUCCAAGCGCCACAUCAUUGCGGCCUCUGGGUAUAAUUAUCUUUUCCUUACUCGAGCGAUUCUCUGACAAUCAUCAGGACAUGUCGAGAAGUAUUCGACGACACGAAGUCAUUUGGGAAUCUAUCUCAACGUCGGUCUGACCGCCCGCUACAGGCGACCAAGCGGGGGGACCGUGAAGCCAAGGCUCUUUGGCGCGCUCUCCAUACUCAUCUCAAAGCACCCGAUACUGUCAGCUAUCCCUGCUGGGGUCGAUACACCAAGUCCUUAUUUUGUUCGACUUCCCAAAAUCUCACUCAGUGAGGUCGUGGAAUGUAUCGACGAGAACACCAAACCCCGGAGCUCAGAUUGGAGAGAGGAGCUCGACAAUGUGCUCGAAGACCAACAUAAUCGUCCCUUCGAGACAUUGCCAAACCAGACUCUUCCAUUCUGGAGGAUCUGCGUUCUCGAAGAGCACUCAACCCCCACACAUUUUACUCUCAUCUUCAUAUUCUACCAUUCGCUGAUGGACACCCAAAGCGCUCUUUCUUUCCAUGAGGAACUAGAACGCUACAUGGCUCAGGACACUGCGGCCGAAGUCCCUGAUAUGAUUUCUACCCCAUCAACCCCUCUCCCCCCUCCACUGGAAGACUUGCAUACGCUUCCCAUAUCGCAGGAUUACUUGCGAUCUCAGGAAAAGCAACACUUCCCUCCACCAGAUAGCUGGACAGGAGCGCCCCAAUCCCUCCCCGUUAAGACCCGCUUCUCUUCUCUAUGGCUAUCCCCAGCCGAGACGCAUAACCUAGUAAACAUGAGCAAGAACGAACAAACAUCCGUAACAGGCGCGCUCCAGACCCUCAUCACGACGAGCGUAUUCACCGUCCUUCCAUCCACAUAUCGCACACUACAGGUCGACUGUGCAGUGUCGUUGCGAAGGUUCCUUCCGGAGAAUAUCACAGCCACGCCUUUGGGAUGCUAUGUUGGCUCAUUGUCUAUGGAGUAUCGCAGGAUGACAUCUUUUAGCUGGAGCGAAGCUCGCCGGACCAAAGCGAUUAUCGAACAGAUCAUUGAAAAGAAAGGAGGUGAUAUGUCGGUUGGGUAUUUGCGAUUCAUUCCCGACCUGCAUCUGUGGAUGCGUCAGAAACUGGGUCGAAAGCGGAUGAGUGCUUUUGAGUUAUCUAAUGUAGGGAGGAUUCCUGCGUCGAGGGGACGGUUGCAGUAUGAGAUUGAGAGCAUGUUGUUUAGUCAGAGUGCUAGUGCGUGCAGUGCCGCGAUCAAGGUUAGUUCCGUGACAGGACGGGAUGGGAGGUUGGUAUUGGGUUUUACUUGGCAGGAGGGUGUUGUUGAGGGUGAUAUGGUUGAGCAGAUUAUAAGGGUACUCAAGGGUGAGGUCGAAGGGCUAGUAGUGCAGAGUUAGUGAUUUAUGAUGGUUAUCCCAAGGUUGAGUGGUCUAUGUACUGAGGGAGAGAGGAAGUGCGUCGUGUAAUAAACCGCUUAGUAUUAUUAAG